AUGGACGCGCCAAAGACGCCAGUCGCCAGUUAUCAAGAGCUGGAUGAACAUGAUACGGUUGUGGAUGCUGAUUUGAUUCUUCAACACAAGGAAAACAUCCAGCCACUCGCCAGCGGUCGGCGUGCAGCUGCAUUGGCGGGGUCGCUGCUCGCAACUCCAAAGCAAAAGGAGACGCGUCUCGCUGCAGAGAGAGCCCAAAUGGAAGAGGAUGUCGAGCUGGCGAUGGACAACGACGACGACCCAUUGGCGGCAUGGAUUCGCUAUGUCAACUGGACGGUAGACAACUAUCCACAGGGCGUCUCAGCUGAAUCAGGCCUUCUGGAACUUUUGGAGCGCGCGACCAGAGUCUUCUCUGCCGACCCACGAUAUAGAAACGAUAUGCGUUACCUUAAGUUGUGGAUCCAGUACGCGUCGUGUGUCGAUCAUCCAAUCAAGAUAUUUUCGUAUCUGAAUACGAAUGAGAUUGGUACGGCAUAUUCCUUGUUCUACGAGGAAUAUUGCAAUGCGCUCGAGAAGAGCGGGAGGCGAGAAGAGGCGAUGGACAUGUAUGAUAUUGGCAUCGCUCGUCGGGCCCAUCCACUCGCCCGACUCCAAGCAAGAAAACGCGACUUUAGUCUACGAAUGAUCAACUCCCCUCUUCCCUCUACAAUUCAGGCGCCUGCGGAGGCAUCAUCGCGCAGCACUGGCAGAGCGGCUCUCGGUGAACGCAAGAGCAAGAAGCCGGCCACGGAGAGUCGUGCUCCGGUUUCGAACAAUCAAGCAUCGACGAGACAGAAUAACUUUCAGAUCUUUACCGACGGAGAUGCUGCCUCGGGGGAUGGGAAUGCGUGGCCAGAACUCGAGACAAGGGAUGCUCAGCGCAAGGAAAACUACCGCUCAGCAGUACCUGCGCAAGGAGAGGUCCUAAAGCAAUCUAUCUUGGAUGCACCGCGGACUCCCCGUGUGGAGGUUUAUGUAGACGAGGAGGAUGUACCCAAAACGCCGGCACGUCAUACAAGGGAUGAAAUAUCCACACUCUCGGCCAAGAAACCUGGCAUGGACACCCUCAAGAAAGAUCCACUCCGUAAUCACAUUGCAUCGGCUCCAGAACCGGCGCCAGUGGGCAAGGAAAAGGGAAAACAACCUCUGAAAACAACCAACUCAUCAGGAUCCAAAGUAGCCGCCAGCUCUAGCUCAAAGCCAAAGUCUUCAAGGAGUCUACCCAGCAUCAAGCCAAAUGAACGGCUGCAGAUCGACGUCUCCAUGCUGGUACUCUCAGAUGGAACGGAGAUUCAUCCUCUUGAACGAAGAGCGCGUGACUUUGGUGUCGCAGAUAAAAAAUGGCCUGAUCCUUCCCCCGAGCAAAUGGCGUUGCCUGGGGCUUUUGACGAUCCAUUCAGUCCACGAGCCGGUGAUCAUCAUACAAAAGUUGACUUUGAGGGAACAAAAUCUAUGGCAUUGGGUAAUACUACAUACACCGGAAUGUCCAAAGACCCGACAGUGACUAUCAAUACCAAGGAGGCUCUUAUGGCAGUCUACGGAAUGUACAACUCGCCAACAAAGAGUAUGACUGGGAAUGCUUUCCAGAGGUCGUUGGUAGAUCCCAACCAGGCCGACCUGCCUACGCCAAUGCCACAGAGCGUAUCCAAGAAUGAAAACGCAGGACAGAGAACGCCGUUUCAGCCAUUUUUCGAGGAGUCGACCCCCGCAGCGAACAGGAUCUCAAGCGAGAACCAGCGAACACCAGGCAUGGCAUUUCGAACGCCAGGAGCAUCGAAGGGCCUUUCGACUGGAAAGCGGACACUAAGUCUCAAACGGGCUCUCCAACCGGUGGGCACAUUUGCCGAGGAGGAUGAAAACGAUGAAGAAUAUGAGCCUGUGACUCCUGCUCCAGUACGCCAGGCAAAACCUCUGGCAAUCAUUCCGUUCAUGGACGAGGUCCCAAAGUCGUCACCAGUCUUCCAACCUCGACCGAAUGCCCAGCUUCAAGGUGACGAAGAUGAUGGACCCCAGGACGAGGAAGAUAUAUUCUCUGCACCAAAGCCAAAGGUCGCAUUUCAGCCUUUCCAAGAUGAAGAAGAUUUCGAGGAAGCCGUAUUCCACGACGAGGAUGCGAGAGAGGUUCCCGAAACAAGUGAUGACGAAAUGGGGGAAGAGUACAAUGAGGAAGAGGAGGCCGAGUACGAGGCUGGUCCGCACCGAUGGGCACCCGCACUCACGCCCAUCACGGAGAGGACGUAUGAGCACACAGGAAACUGGACGACUCCACUGCAUAUUCGCGAUCGGACGGUAGCGGAGACACCGUUUGCCGAACGAGAUGCGUACGAGCAAGCGGAGCGAUUGGCGGCAGAGCUCCAAGCAGCGGAUAAUUUGGCCGACCCUGAUGCUUCACAGGCAUGGGAGGAGCCUCCAGAUGUGGAAGAAGAUGCGGGGCUUGUCUGUGAUCCCUACACAAAGUCGAUGACUGCACAACUCAUCGAGAGAUUGCCCAUGCCCGCAGGCCAACAUGACCUGCGAACUCAGACAUGUGGACAACUGGAGAGGUUACAAAAGUUCUUCGAUCCGAAGGGCAGAAAGUCUUCAGGCUCGAAAAGAGGAGAGGAUGCUUACAUCCUGAACCUCGACGGCGAUGAAUACGAGGUCCACCGCAAGCUAGGGGAAGGAGGUUUUGGAGCCGUCUUUCUAGCCGACGACUUGCAACUUCUCGGCGACGAGAACGAGGACAGCAAUAUGAGUUCCGCAGUUGUGGCAAUCAAGGUGGUCAAGCCCGCCAUUCUCUGGGAAUCAUACGCCCUUGACCGAAUACACAGCAUGGUAGACGAGAGUACGCGACGGUCCAUCAUCUCUCCUCGCUCAUUAUACGUCUACGAGGAUGAGUCGUACCACGUCUUGGAAUUUAGCAACCAUGGAACAUUACUCGAAGCCGUAAACAAGGCUGGAGAUCUCAAAGUCGGAUCCGGCUUGGGUGGUGCUGCGUCGACGAUUCCGGGCAUGGACGAAAUGCUCGCAAUGUUCUUCACCGUCGAGCUUCUUCGAACACUCGAGGGACUUCACUCUGCCGGAUUUAUCCAUGGAGAUCUCAAGAUUGAUAACUGCAUGGUACGACUGGAGAAAUCGGACGAGGGCUUGUCCACUCAAUAUGAUCCAUCUGGCGGUGGAGGUUGGUCGAGUAAGGGUGUAAUGCUGAUCGACUUUGGGAGGGCGAUCGAUACGAGCCUAUUCCCGCGUGGAACCUCGUACGUGACGGGGUGGAAGAUGGACAAACGGGACUGCCUUGAGAUGCGGGAAGGUCGACCAUGGACGUACGAGACAGAUUACUACGGACUUGCCGGAGUCGUUUUUUGUUUGCUGUACGGCAAGUAUAUGGAGCUGCCUGUAGUCAAGGAUGGGAUCCAACGACUCCCAGCGACGCUGAAGCGGUACUGGAAGACAACACUGUGGGAACGGUUAUUCAGUGCGCUGCUCAAUCCAAACGGAUUCGGGAAAUCGCUGCCCAUUACGGACGAGCUACGCAUGAUUCGUCGAGAUAUGGAGACAUGGCUCGUGGAGAAUGGGAGUAGGUCGACCAGACCGGUGCCUUUACGUGGACUACUAAAGCGGUUGGAAGCGCUGUCAUGUUGA